CUUUCUCCCUUUCCCUCCAAACAAUUACCACAAAAAAAAAAACUCAUCAUAAUUCUCCUCUCUUUUUAUACCAAAGUUUUAAUUUUAUUAUAUUUCAUAUUCUUUUCAUUUUUUUUAACUAUGGUUCUUUCAAAAACAACAUCUGAAUCUGAUGUUUCUGUUCAUUCCACCUUUGCUUCGCGCUAUGUUCGAGCUUCACUUCCAAGGUUUGAGAUGCCAGAGAAUAGUAUACCAAAAGAAGCAGCAUACCAAAUAAUUAAUGAUGAAUUAAUGCUUGAUGGAAAUCCAAGGUUGAAUUUGGCAUCAUUUGUUACAACAUGGAUGGAACCAGAAUGUAAUAAACUUAUGAUGGAUUCAAUUAACAAAAAUUAUGUUGACAUGGAUGAAUAUCCUGUUACCACUGAACUUCAGAAUCGGUGUGUGAACAUCAUAGCGCGUUUAUUCAACGCGCCAUUGGAAGAGGAAGAAACCGCGAUCGGGGUUGGCACAGUGGGUUCAUCAGAGGCUAUAAUGUUAGCAGGCCUGGCCUUUAAGAGACUUUGGCAAAACAAACGUAAAGCUGAGGGAAAGCCUUAUGAUAAGCCCAAUAUUGUUACUGGUGCUAACGUUCAGGUGUGUUGGGAGAAAUUUGCAAAUUAUUUUGAAGUGGAAUUGAAAGAAGUGAAGCUAAGGGAAGGUUACUACGUGAUGGAUCCAAUUCAAGCUGUGGAAAUGGUAGAUGAGAAUACUAUUUGUGUUGCUGCAAUUUUGGGUUCAACUCUUAAUGGUGAAUUUGAAGAUGUCAAGCUAUUGAAUGAUCUUUUGAUUCAAAAGAACAAACUAACUGGAUGGGACACACCAAUACAUGUAGAUGCAGCAAGUGGUGGAUUUAUUGCACCAUUUAUUUACCCAGAGUUGGAAUGGGACUUUAGGUUACCAUUAGUUAAAAGUAUUAAUGUGAGUGGACAUAAAUAUGGACUUGUCUAUGCUGGUAUUGGUUGGGUUAUUUGGAGAACCAAACAAGAUUUGCCUGAAGAACUUAUUUUCCAUAUCAAUUAUCUUGGUGCUGAUCAACCUACUUUUACUCUCAAUUUCUCCAAAGGUUCAAGUCAAGUCAUUGCUCAAUAUUAUCAACUUAUCCGCUUGGGCUACGAGGGAUAUCGAAACGUGAUGGAGAAUUGUCGUGAAAAUGCAAUUGUAUUGAAAGAAGGACUUGAAAAUACAGGACGUUUCAACAUAGUUUCAAAGGAUGAAGGUGUCCCAUUAGUUGCAUUUUCCCUCAAAGACAAUAGCAUCCACAAUGAAUUCGAAGUCUCCGAGACGCUCCGUAGGUUCGGGUGGAUUGUCCCGGCCUACACUAUGCCAGCCAACGCGCAACACGUCACGGUUCUGCGCGUUGUCAUCCGGGAGGACUUCUCCCGAACCCUGGCCGAGCGUCUCGUACUCGAUAUAGUCAAGGUGUUACAUGAACUUGAUACACUUCCAGCUAGGUUAAGUGCCAAAUUGGAAGUGGCUGAGGAAAAUAAUCUGAUCAUCCACCCAAAUGGCCCCACCGACCCCGCCGGGAUCAAGAAGGAUAAUAAUAAUAAUAAUAAUAAUAAGGGAAUAAAAAAAACAGAUAUUGAAGUGCAAAGGGAAGUUACUGAUUAUUGGAAAAAAUAUGUUUUAGCUAGGAAAGCAGCUGUUUGCUAGGGGCAUUACGGUCUUUUUUGCCUCGCCUGCUACUGAAAAGAGAGAGUCGAUGUCAUUAUUGAUGUCAUUAUUCACUUCGUUCGAGAACCAACUGCAUUUUAAUUUUAUUAUUAAUUAGAAAAAAAUAAUGAAUUUUCCUUUUUUUUUGUUUUGUAAGUUUUGUUGAGUGACUAACAAAAUUUUAUAAAGAAUGAUGAGUAUAUCAUGUUUUAUUUUUUUGGUUGUAAUGGUAACUUUUUCUUAGAACAUGUAUUUGUUCUAUUGAAUUAAUAUUAUGAUUGUUAUGUUA